AUGCAGGAGUGCCUCUCCGGCGCCGACUCGUGGCAGUGGUGCCUCGGCCGGCUGCGUGUCGCCGACGUGCUGGUGGGUCAGUUCCGCGCUGAGUUCAGCGGCGCCGGCGGCGACGCCGCCGACCGCGUCACGCGGCUCGCCGAGUUCGCGCACCACGCGCUCACCCACCCGCACGCCACCGUCGGCCGGCUGGCGCGGAGCGUGUUCGUGCAGAUGGCGGUGGCGGCGCGAGCGACGCCGGCCGCGUACGCUCACGAGGCGGCGACCGGCACGCGUCGUCCGCGGCCCAGCUACCUGCCGCUGGACGCAACUGCCGCCUUCAAGCGGCGCUGCCUACUGCCGAGCGAACUGGAGAGUUCCGACCGCGGCCACCCGUCUAGGUCCCCAUGCGCCGCCGAGACCGGCGAGACGCCUGUCAGUCACUUCGGCGACACGUCGUCCGUCCGCUCCGCGAUGGACCUGGGCGGGGUGCAGGACGUGCCCGUGCCCCGGCCACCGCGCGGCCCCGUCACAACCUCCGUGAAGGACUGCAUAGUGUGCCUUCAUGACCCAGAUUUGGAGGGCGACACGAGCGCUACCUACACGGAGGGCGAGGACUGGGCGCGCGGCGCGCUUCUGGGCACCGGCGGCUUCGCCCGCUGCUACCAGGCGUGCGACCUGCGCUCCGGCCGGCUGGUAGCCGUCAAGCAAGUGGAGAUGUCGCCUCAGACGGACAAGGCGGCGCUGCUGCGCGAGAUGCGUCUCCUGGCGAACGUGCAGCACCCACACGUGCUGCGCCUGCUGUGUGCCACCCGGCGGCCGGGCGUGGUCAAUCUCUUCACGGACUGGCAGGCGGGCGGCUCGGUCGCAGACCUGCUCAAGAUGUACGGCCCGUUCGCCGAUGACGUCACGCACCGCUACAGCCGUCACCUCGUGGACGGGCUGGCGUACCUGCACGACAACGGCAUUCUGCACCGAGACCUGAAAGGUGCAAACCUGCUGGUGGACUCGACGGGUGAGACGCUGAAGAUCGGCGACUUGGGCACGGCGGCCGAGUUGGGCGCCGCGGCCACGUUGCGUGGCGAGUUCACCGGCCAGGUGCGCGGUACGCUGGCCUUCACGGCGCCGGAGGUGCUGCGCGGCGAGCACUACGGCCGCUCGUGCGACGUCUGGAGCGUCGGCUGCUGCGUCAUCGAGAUGGCGACCGGCCAGCCGCCCUGGCAGGCGUACACUCGCAGCAACCACCUGGCCAUGCUGUUCAUGGUGAGCGAUGUUUAG